AUGACUCAUCCAUUCCAAACCGAUCCGGCGAAGCGCGACGAAUAUCUUCUAAAACUCUACAAUGAAAGAUACUCAAUCACACAGGCUCAUCAAAAGAUUUGCGAAAUGAUAAAAGAUGGAAAAAUGCCUGAAGAUGAUCAAUCAACAGAAAGCAGAAUUGCGGGAGCAACAGAAGAAAGGCCAAGAAAAAGGAAGCGUACCAGCCCGAGAGAUGAUCCAGACGCUAAAAAAGUCAGGAAGAGUGAAAAUGAGGAAACAGGACGAGAUCAACCAUCCACGAGCUCAAGCCUAGGACAAGCUCGAACACCUUCUUCCUCAGACAAUCGAAGAAAAGCAAAAAGAAGAUGUUCUCAACGAUCAGAGGAAAUGGAUACAGACGUAAAAAAGCUGAAGAAAAGUUCAGAAGCUUCAGGAACUUCAGAAGGAGCGCCAACGGCAAUUUCAGACGAUUGGAAAGAUGACGUGGUAUUCAGUGAUGAUUAUAACAAAAAUUACAUUCCGGACCCUCUGCCUGUCGAUGAUCCUGAAGAUCCUAUCCAGAUUACCGUCGUUGAAAACUUUUUCAAAAUGACAGCUGAUUUGGAAUUGGACGCGAUUGUGCUGAACGGGUCGAAGACCGUGUCAAAAUUGGAGGAUGUUUUGAAAUUGUUUCAUAUUCGACGAAUUUCUGCAGAGCACUGCAGCAUUUGCGAGAAAUACACACUCCGAAUGAAAGCAAUUCGAUGGAUCACUGGCUAUGAAAAUUUCAAAAUUCAAAUCACAAACGAUUUAUCAACUGUCGAGAUUACCUACAAGAAUGUAUCGAACGGGACAGUUGUGAAAUGUGGAAAUGAGAAUCAAGAAGUUUUCAUAGAAGGCUGGUAUGCUGAGCAACUCGCAGCUACUGACCUCGUCUUCCUUUUCUUGACAGAAAACUUACGAUUGGACCUUCUCGCUUACGAUAUUGAAGCUUACGAUGAAGUUCGAGGGGAACUAUUUCCUGAGAUUGUCGUUCUUGAAGACAUCUAUAUUCAUUUGGAAAAUGAGAAGAAUUCGCAUUCUAUCGAUGUCGAAAACUAUGAGUUUACAUUCACACGACAAGGGAAGUUCAUGGAACCGUAUGACGACGAGCGUGUUCAUCAUUUCGGUCCGUUGAUUAUAUUUUUGAACCCCGAAUCAUUAAAAACAAUUAAACUCAAAUUAUGGGAUGAUUCAAAAGUGAUCAGUCAGGAUGUUUACAAGGAAACUCUGGCAACCCUAUUAGAGACGGAUAGAUUGAGCUAUGGAUACUAUGAUUUCAUCGAGACUGAUCAAUGGAGAGCACCAAAUGUAGUGGAUAUCCAAGAGGGAGAUUUUCAUAAAGAUUGGAAAAGUUUUUAUCAUUUCCAACUUAUCAAAUGUGUGUCCCUCAGUGUUAAGGAUGUGAAAAAGCUUGUGGAGACUUACAAGCAACAUGUUCCUAAAAGAGGCUCUAUCAUAAAAGUCCAAGCUGAAAAUCCGCUGCCUUUUGAAGCCAUCAGAGCAAGCAUUUCUGGACUUGGAGAAUUUGAUGAUCCACGAAAUCAAAAUAUGUUCAAAUUUGAAUCCAAUUACAACAAUCAAGAAAUCACUUUACAAUUCAAAGAACUAGAAAUCAAUGUGAUUGAAGCACCGGAAAUUGAGAGAACUGCUAGAAGACCAUCGGAGACUCCACCAGAAGUCCAAGAACUUAGAGAUGCUGUUAUCGCAAUUAACUUUUCAUAA